AAAACGAAGAUCUGUCCCGUGAAGUGGAGGAGCUGAGAAAUCAGCUACAAGAACUACGAGUCCACACAACUUUUGGGCUGCAACGUUUCGCCGGCUCCGACGAGGACAUCCGAUUUUACACCAGGUAACGUGUAGUAAACACAGCUAGUUAGCUAUUUAAGCAAUGCACUGACAAGUUGACACGUAAAACGUAACAUAAAUAUACUUAUUUUGCCUACAGAUUCCCAAGCUAUGACCACCUGAUGUCGUUUUGCUGGCUUAUUGAGCCAUCCGUCCACAAAAUGGUUCGGGUCUCGAGAGCCAAAGCUGCAGCUAAGAAGAACGAAGACGUGACCCAUUCACGACAGUCAGGGAGGCAGGUGCUGCAGCCAGUAGAUGAAUUUUUCCUUUUCCUCGUGCAUCUCUCUGUUGGCCUGAAGGAGAGAGACUUGGGACACCGCUUUAACAUCCAUCCUUCCACAGUCAGCAGAAUAAUUUCAACGUGGACAAACUACCUUUACACGCUUCUAGGAUCUGUGUGCAUUUGGUUGUCGCAAGAGGAAGUGAAAAACAAUCUCCCUGCUGAAUACAAAGACUAUCCUGAUACUCAGGUAAUCUUGGACUGCACUGAGCUCAGGUGCCAGACACCAUCAUCACCACUCCUACAAAGUGAGAUGUACUCCACAUACAAGUCACACUGCACCAUGAAGGGCCUGGUUGGCAUAGCCCCACAUGGUCCUGUGACAUUCGUCUCCUCACUUUAUGCUGGGUCAGUGAGUGACAAAGAGCUGUUCAAACAGUCAGGGUUGGCCAAUUUGCUCACUGAAGGAAUGGCAGUGAUGGUUGACAAGGGCUUUCUCAUUACUGAUUGUGUGAAGUGCAAAGUGCACUGCCCACCAUUUCUGUCAAAGCAAAACCAGAUGCCUGCAUACCAGGUUACUGAAACCCAAUCCAUAGCUCGACUUAGAGUACAUGUAGAACGUGUAAUUAGGAGAAUCAAACAAAACAAGUUGUUUGAUGGUGUCAUGUCUCUUACCCAUACAGUAAACAUUAGCCAGUUGUUUACAGUGGCAUGCCUUUUGUCAAAUUAUCAAAACAAAGCACUGGUUAAGGCAUGGGUUAAAUAACUCCAGUCCCAGGGAGUCCAUCUCCUCUAUAGUUCUAGAGAAUCAGUUCAGAUUCAGCUCCUGAUGUGAAUAGCCAAUGUACCAAAACAUGUAAAUAGUUUGCAGCACUCACACACACACAUACUCUUCGCAAGAAUUAUUUUUGUUUUAUUUGUGCACAAUUUCAUUAAGUAAACAUAUAAUUUAAUAAGAAUAUAA